GGAAAGUAUUGCCACCGGGUCGCGCGCUGGAGCAGUGGACUGGUCGUCUUGAUUGCCCGGACACGGAUCAUGGGACAAGUUGUCACCAGCUGUGAUGUGGAGAGGGCUGGGCCCUGCGCAGUUGGAGAAGGGCGUGACGGCAGGCUGUGUGGGGAUGAUGGAGUUUGGGGAGCCCGACGAAUUUGCUGGAGAGGGUUUCACAGAAGAGUUGGUGGUGCGGCCGAACCAGAGGAGCAAAGGCUCAAAGAAGCCGCUGAUGGUUGGCCAAAGUCGGUCCACCACUGGAGAAAGUGGAGUCACCCGGCUCAUGGCUGCCGCUCAGUAUGGAUCGGUCGAGGGCAUCAAGCGGAUCUAUGAAGCAGGCGACUCUUUGGAGAUCCGAGAUGUGCGUGGCUGGACAGCCCUUCAUUAUGCGGCUCACGAGCUGCAAUACGAUGCCUACGUUACCCUCUUGAAACUGGGCGCGGAUCCGGAGAAGAAGACCUACACGGGCCACACCCCAAUAGAGGUCGCUAAUGCCGUGGACCCUUCUCAAGCAGAGAAGAUGCGCCUGGCAGCUAUAGGCGCUCGGGCAGUGUGACGAAGGCGUUGGUGGCCGGACGUGAGCGCCGUUUGAAUGGCAAAGACCAUGGACCGCACGCCGAUGAGAUGGAG